AUGGCUGCGAUGGUGUCACAAACACCACCUCAUACCCCACCUCGCCAAAUAGCACAAAAACCGUCCAAACGCUCAGCAAGAAUACCUGACGGCAUACGUCCUCUUCGAGGCUUUUCUAUCUUCCAUCGCUCGAUAUCUCUGCCAGCAGCUAAGCCGGCCGACCCUGCAACUAAUCUCUGCAUGUAUUGCAAGAGUAUGGGCCAUUGGAGCAACGACUGUCCACUGUAUUGCACGUUGUGCGCGAAACACAACAAAGACGCACGGGGACAUACAGCGAGCAAUUGUUCGCCAAUGUGUGUGGCGUGUGACGGUCUUGGGACUAUCAAACGCCACAACGGUGAUGAAAGGGCAACAGAGAUGCUGGCACUAGAAUCUAGUGUGAAGGCAUUGAGUGUUAUGGCGCUGGAAGCGAAGACUCGUGUCGAAUGUGGCGCUCAAAGCAGUACACAAGACGAUCUCAAAUGUAACCUCGACCGGGCUCUCAUGUAUGCAAAGAUGGCAAUGCAGGAUCUGGAGAAAUUAGGCGAAGCGUCGAGUGCAAAGGACGCCGGUGAUGAGUAUGAGCAGGAUGGGAAGUUUCAUAUUGAUUCGCUGGACCCGUUCAACGACUGUCAUAGGUACUGA